AUGAAUAACAUCCUGACUCUUCUUCUUCUUUUGUGUCUUUUGAUGUUAGUUUCAGUUACUGAAGCAUCGCGUCACCGUCGACAAUAUGGUAAUUAUGGAUAUGGUCAACAAUAUGGUUCACAAUACGGACUGUAUGGUCCAGGCGGUCAAGGUUGGUCGAACAAUAAUAAUUACAUGAACAAUCGUUAUCCAAAUCAGCAAGGCUAUGGUUGGAACAGUAAUUACAAUUGGAAUCAAGGUGGUAGUCUUAUCACAUUGUUCCUUCAAAAAUCGUUAUCUUCUUUCAAAAGUACUGAUAAUCAUUCAUCUCAUCGGAUUGAAUUUUCCAAUCAUUUUCAAUCUAUUCCUAUUCGUGUUCGACCGAUAUUUAUUUAUGUUCGUUCAAUGAUACUAUUAGCUAUGAUUCAUUGUUGUGCUUGUCUUAUGCCAUCAGUUCUAUCGGCUAUAUAUUUUCUCAUCUCACUGGGCCUUGUCUUUUGGUGGGCACUAGGAAAACAUUUCGGUCAAGCAUAUCUAUACAUCAUCCGAUUCUUGCAAAUCUAUUCUCUUUCCCAUCUACUUCUUAUUUAUCUCUAUCAACUUUCAUUUAUCGAACAAUAUUUAUCCAAACAAACUCCUCAACUAGUGCGAUUAUUAGGUUUACAAACAUUGUAUCCAUCUUUUUGUUUUGAGCGUUCAUCUAAACUCAAUCGUCAUUGGAUUAUUUAUCUACAUCCAUUGACACUUUUGAUCUUCUAUUGGAUUACCAUAUAUGAACAUCAUUUUAGUCAAAAGUACGAAGAAAAAAUGAAAACUUUUCUUUCAACACAGAAUAACUCUGAAAUCUCUUCAACGACCAAUCAACAUGCUACUUUACAUCUUCACUCUUUCACUGAUCUCUUCUGGAUGAGUUCACCGAAUGACAUUACUCGCGAAAAGAAUUUCUAUAAAACCAAUUCUCUUCUUGUUAUUUUCAUUUCAUAUAUCUUAAGUAAAGCUUACAUGCUUUCAGUUAUAUCGAUGCUCAUUUGGUCGAUAACUUACCAUUCGUAUGCAACUUUUCCUUUUCUAAUCCUAUCAUGUCUUAUUUGGCUCCUACCCUCAACCAAGUAUUGGUGUCAAUUAUUUUCACCAGCGUUUUGUCUAUAUGCUUAUGCCUUGUUAAUUGUUAAUUAUAUUCAAUCGUUAAAUUUAAUUCAGGAAGAAUUUUCCUGGUUUCUACAUGAAAUUGAACUUCUGCAUACGAAUGAUAGACCGUUUGGUGAACUGUCUAUCGUUGUUUGGAUAGAAUGUAGUAUUAAAUUUAUGUAUACAUUGUUACUGUUGUUAUCACUUCGACAACGAACGAAAGAGAUAGCUCGUAAAGAGAAUGAUUCUUCGUCAUCAUUGAACUUGUAUGAUCAUAUGGAAUUGAGUUUACCAGUUCGUCCGGGAAAUGAAUCGCCGAAGAAUUCAUCAAUUUCAUGUUUUAAUGGAAUCUACAGUUAUAUUCGAUCACAAUACUUAUUGAUAUCCUAUGAAAUUCAUUAUCUUCUCUAUAUGGGAUAUAUCCGUGUUUGGUUCUUCAAUUUAUUCUUGAAUUGGUCUCGUUUAUUGAUUAUUAUACUCAUUUUUGCACUAAGUUACGAUUCAAACCCAUCAUUUGUCGCUUAUCGUAUCAUAUACAUGGGAUUUUUUCUUCAAUAUCAUCUAUGUUACUCAUUUAAUAAACGCUUAUGGAACAUUUAUCUGCUUCCGUUCUACAUCACCAUUGUCAUUUAUUCGAUGAUUCUUGUUCUUAUCAUUUAUAUUUAUCAAUUCGAAGAAUUGAAAACAUUGAAAACGAGAAUCUGUUUUGCACAUGUAUCCUGUGGAUCACUCUUCUCUUCGUUAGGUGUACGUCAUGCUCAUAAGAAUAUUCUUGGUAAAGAGUUGUGCACACCAACAGUGUUUAUUAUUUGCAUCGUUAUGCAUAUUCACUUCUUUCAUCGACAUCAAAGAAAAGUUCAAACGUUCAACUUAUCGAAAACAAAUCCAUCGAUUCGAGUUUUAUCCAUCAUUCAUUGGAUGAAAAUUCGAUUUGACCAAACAAAAAAUCUUGUAUGGUGUUUAUGUGAAUUGCAUAUUUACAAGAUCGUAUUAAUUAUCAUUCUGAUGAUUAUGAUUGUUAGAUUAGAGUUAUUCACACAAUUGGGAUACGUGGAAUACGUUUGUCCACUUUUGUCUUCAAACAAGAAGUAUGAAAUGAAUUUAUCGAGUGUGAAUUCAUCGCAAUCGGUGGCACCAUUGCAAUGGUUUGGUUUAUGGACACAGAAUGCAUCCGAUGUGACAGUUAGACAAUUAAUUCUACCUUAUUUAUCGGUGGUAGUGAGUAUAGCUGUUUUACAAUUAGUACGACGUCAUCGUCUUUCAUCAUUGUCAUUAAAUGAAGUAUUAAAUUGUGCUCAAAUUCAACUUUUUCCAAGUAUCGAUGUUCAAUCAAUGAACGAUUCAUUAUGGAAUACUCUGAAAUAUCUUUGUAACUAUGGAACUUACCGAUUCGGUCUGGAAUUAUCGUUAUUUAGUUCAUUAUGUUUAAUCUUAUCACGAAUGGAUGCUCUUGCACUUUUUCAUGCAUCUAUCCUACUGAUUUUUACACUUGUACCACGACAUUACGUGAGACGAUUUUGGAAACUAUAUCAAAUUGCUUCAUCAAUAUCUGCGGUGUGGUUGUAUAUUAAUACACUUGGUUUACCACCGAUAUUAUGUGUCAAGCCGAUCUUCGAUCAUUUUGGUUCAUCUUGGUUUCCCAGUCGAAUUUGGUCGAAAUUGAAAAUGUAUUUUUAUCUGGCUGAUUACACCGGAAAACAUGCGGCAGAUGAAGACUUGUAUUUCGAUUUCAUUCUACUGAUUAUUCUUACUAUACAAGAGAAGAAUUUCGUACUAGAACAACAACAGAACAGCGUCUCAAAAAUGGGAAGUAAUAGUCAUGACGAUAUUUGUGUUUCGUACCAUCCGAACCUUCUACAUGAUUUCAUUACCAAUGAACAUGUAUCAUGGAGCAAUCGUUUUCUCUUCCUAUUUUAUUCGCAUUCUUAUUGGCUGAUCAUUGCUUAUCUAUAUAUUCUAGCUACAUACCGUCAAUCCUUAUUAUAUUUAUUAAUCUUAUUGAUCUGCUUUUUUCUCCUUUGGCAUGGACAAUCUUUUUUACAACAUCGUUCGUUUCAUCAACAAAGAUCUUUUUUGUAUUUUCUUGCUUUAACAUUUCUUACACUCAUCAUUGCACACUUAUUCAUGCAACCAUUAACGUGCUUUCUUAUUGAAUACACAUCGACACGACACCGUUGUUUCUUAAUCAAUCUGUUCAACGUGCCUUGUUCAAUUAAACGGUUCCAACAAUUAUAUGGAACGAAUUGUCCGAAGAAAAGUUUCUGGACUCGAAUUCAAGAAAAGCAUACUGAAUAUCAACAUUGGGAAAUUUAUUGUAAGAAGACUUUUGUAAAUGAAUCAAUGGCGGCGAUUUACACGCAGCAAACGUUCUAUUGUCAUUUUGGUUAUAACAGAUUGAUUUUCGAUGCUAUAGGCUUUCUGUUUGUUCUAUUGUUCAUUCGGAUUCUUGGUUCAUAUUCAUUUUUCUACGUUCGAUUAGAACUUCAGACACAAGCAGAGUUGUCUCAACUGGGUGCGUCUUUGUUAUCGCGAUUGAAUUGGCUAGAAUUACUCGAAUAUCGACAGAGAACAGAGACAGAAUUAGAAAGUAUCAAAGCGAAAGUAAAAAAGCUUCGCCAACGACGUGUCAUUGAAAAACGUGAUGCUGAUAUUGAUGAACCAAUCGAUCACCGUGGGGCAAUACUUUCUGGGGAUUAUUAUAUGUUCGAUUCAUCAUUUGAUGCAAUAGAAAGCUCACAUACAAUUCUGUCUUCAACGAACCGAGUGAGAGAAUCUCAGGACUCAAUGACGUUGUUGAAUGGGUUCGAUGGGAAACUUCAUCGAUAUCUCGAUGACGUCGAAGUGGAAUUGAAAUCAUUGUCUAUUAGUGGUAAUACGCAUGACGGGAAUGACGAUUUUGUCGACAAUCAAAUAAAUCCUCAAUUGUUAAGUCGAAAAUCGGAGAUGAAUGUUUUAUCUAAGGAACAAUCGCUAACCGGUCCUUCAAAAGCGAAUUUUGACAUACGAGAAAUUUUCAAUAGAGUUCGACAAAGCUUGAAUACUAUAAAUUCUGGUCUACUCAUCUAUUUGCAUCACCAAGUUCGAACUCUGCUGACCACCAGACAAGUGAUUUCAGAUGCUAAACUAUAUCUUAAAUAUCCAUAUAAAUCAACUCAAUUCAUCCCGGAUGAAGUCUUCGAAAAUAUUAAUGAUUACAUCGGUCAAACUACUAGUACAGAAGAGACUGUAUAUCAGACGCCAAUUUCUUCACUGAAAAGUUUUACUGAACCGAAGAAACAAACAUCAUUGAUGGCUGACAAACACCUAGAAAAACUCAAAUUGAAUCAUUUUCGUUCGAAAUCAAGUACUCUCUUCAUGACUUUUGUAAUUUCAAAAUUUCACUAUCUUACUUAUUCCAUGUUGAUACUCAACUUUUUGGCAUCCGGUGCUGCUCUUAUCUGGCUACCAGUUUUGGCAACAAUUUACUUUUGGGCAAUCCUUACCUUUCCUUACCCAUCAAGACGAUUCUGGUAUGUGAGCACGUUCUCAUCUAUGACCAUACUAUUUAUUCAAUACAAUGUAACGUUUAUUUCAUCGUUAUCAACUCAUCUUUACAUCCGUGAUUCAUUAUUUGGACAUUUGAAUAUACUGGCUAAUGUAUUCUUAUUAGGUGCAUUAGCAUUUCAUCGAAUCGUUCUUCAUCGAUUAGGUUUAUGGCAUGACUUUCACCUUUCACCAGAAGAUUCAUUGAUCUAUCAAACGAGUUUCAUACCGGCUGACAUUAAACUUAUUCGCAAACGAAUUAUUGAAGGAAUUUAUACAGUACUAAGAACAAAAGUCAAGCAGGAGAAAACCGUUGAGCUAACUAAUACAAAUGCAUUGCGUGAAGGAGACAAAGAUAUGUUGACGGAACAAAUUCUUCGAACACCAUUGUUAACAUCUGUAUUGCCGGAUGAAAUUGUCGCUCGAAUCAAAUCCGAAAUCAAUUUAUCUGUAAUUCCAAUAGAAAUUGAUUUCAACGAGCAAUUUUCAUUUUCAUUUCGAACUUUUGUUGAAAAUGUCAAUCAUUUCUACAAUUCUACUAUUGCUUGUCCAAUUUUACCGAAAGUCGAUUAUUAUUCCUCAAUGUUCCUUUGUGACUUCAUUGUGAUUUUCUUAAUCAUUGCCGGUCAUCAACGAUUCUCACAUUCCGAAUCAGUCGAAGAUAACAUUAUCUAUCGUUACAUUCAAGGUUCAUCGUCGUUAGAUAUUACACCUAUUCUAAUGUUAUUGGCACAAUUUCUGUUAAUAAUCGCCGAUCGCAUAAUUUAUUUGAAGAAACAUGUUCAUGCUAAAUUUCUCUUCUUGUGUUUUCAAUUUCUUGUGCUACAUAGCUGGCUAGUUAUCGUAUAUCCUUUAUGGUUUGAACGUGAAAUGUCAAAAAACUGGGCAGCUGUUUCUAUAUACAUUUUCAAAUCAAUCUAUUUCGUUCUAUCAGCUCUGCAAAUACGCAAUGGAUAUCCGACAAGAAUCUUAGGCAACUUUUUAACAACGCGUUACUCCAUGUUACGAUUGUUAUGUUACAAACUUUAUUGUAUUAUUCCGUUUCUAUACGAAAUACGCGUUUUAAUGGAUUGGAUGUUUAUUCCCACAUCCUUGUCAAUCACAUAUUAUUUCAUGAUGGAAGAAAUUGCUCGAAACGCAUGGACACGCAAGUGUUUGCAAACAUUAGACAUGGUAUCGCCGAGAAAACGAGCAGUCAAUCGAAGUCGUUAUGAGCGAUAUUGUGUUGGUGGAUGGAUUUUAUUUGCAAUCUUUUUUGUUAUUUGGUUUCCAUUGAUAUUCUUCAGCAUUAGCACUAGUUUAGCUGAUCCUAUUUUAAUUGAUCGAUGUGAAAUCAAAGUUCGUUUAUCCACGUACAAAGAGCUAUAUCAAUUGGUAACAACAAAUGUUCGAGAACCAACAGAAGAUGAAUUUUUCACUGAUAUCCGUCCAUUUAUUCUAAAUUCAUCAUUUGCAUCUGGAUCUCGAGAACUAACAGAAGAUGAUGUUGCUUGCAUACAUGCAUUGGGUUAUGUUGGUGCACAAUGGACUAUCUCUCUAUCAGCUUUGAAUCAAUUGAAACGAGAAUUGAACGAUUUUAUCAAUGAAACAGCAGUGAACACGCCUCAGAUCUAUUUUGAUUAUUCUUUCAUACGUAAAGGACAAACAAGUGAACAAGAUGAUCUGCCUUCGGGUUAUAUCGUUACUCUAUCAGGCACACAUAAUAUUUCAUUAACAAAAGCGAAUGCCAUGACAUUAUUAGAUAUGUUAUCAUUCAAUAAUCGAACACAAGGAACCAUAGUUAUCUCACAAUUGAUGCCGAAAUUUAUUCAUUUAUUGCCAGACAUGAUUGACAUAAAAUCUCCUAUGUAUCUACAAGACAUUCAGUUAACAUUAAGAAGAGAAAAUCAACUGUUAUGGUGGGAUAUAUCAGAAGUAUCCACAAAUGAUUGGAACAAUAAAUGUUCAUUUGAAUUGCAAGCACUCAAUCUCAUCGUUGUAUCAGAACGAUCCGGUGCUCAAUCGAAAAGUUUCAAUCUCAUUGCCAAAAUAUUGAUAGGUAGCAAUGCAAAAUUAACGUUGAUUGGCGUUUACGCAGGUCUAGUUUAUGUUUUAUGGCUAACAUGUUUCCGUCAGACAUUGUUUUCUGAUAUUCAAUUGAUUAUGUACCAUGAAUGGUCUUUCGCUGAUCGAAUUCAACGUUUAUGCGAAGAAGUUUACCUUGUACGAGAGCUGGGAGAGUUACAACUAGAGGAAGAAUUAUUUGCGCGUUUACUUUUUCUUCAUCGCUCGCCUGAAACACUUGUUCGAUUCACCAGACCGAAAUCCACAACAAAAAAACAUAAACAAUAUCGAAGUCAACACCUACAUCAGAUGUGA